UUCUCGUAGUUGAGCUGGCUCAAAAAGGGCCAGGCUUCGUCUCUCCCUCGUUCUUAGAUCUCUUCGAAUUCGUUUCGAAACCCUAGAUUUCGAUCGAGAUCCGGAGUUUUUCUCCUUUUCGGAUCCGAGAUUUUCAUCUUCUUAAUUGAAAUUCAAGGUUUUUCUUGGUGAUUUUGGAUUUGGUUGGAUUGGAGGUGGAUCUGGAGCGGAGAUGAGGGCGGGGCAGUCGUUGUAUCGUGAUCGGACGCAGGAGUUCCAUGCGGUUGCGGAGAGAUUGAAGAAAUCGUUCUCAUCGGCGCCGGAUGCUUCGCCGGCAACGAACGGUGCUGGUGUCGGUGGGUCUGGGUCGAGAUUUGAGGGAACGAAGGCUGUGGCUUCUAUGCAGUCGGAGUUUAACAAGAGAGCAUCCAAAAUUGGGCUUGGAAUCCAUCAAACCUCGCAAAAGCUUGCCAAGCUUGCCAAAUUGGCAAAAAGAACAUCUGUUUUUGAUGACCCUACAGUUGAGAUACAAGAAUUAACUGCAGUUAUUAAGCAGGAUAUAACUGCUUUGAAUUCAGCAGUGGUAGACCUGCAACUCCUUUGCAAUUCACAGAAUGAAAGUGGUAAUAUUUCCACUGAUACCAGCAGCCAUUCAACUACAGUGGUUGAUAACUUGAAGAAUCGUUUGAUGAGCGCUACAAAGGAGUUUAAAGAAGUCUUGACCAUGAGGACAGAGAACCUCAAGGUUCAUGAGAAUAGACGCCAGUUGUUCUCUGCUUCAGCCUCAAAAGAAUCUUCAAAUCCUUUCAUUCGACAACGCCCUCUGGUGUCUAGAACUCCUGAAUCUAGUGCUCCUCCAGCUCCAUGGGCUAAUAACUCAGCAUCUUCAUCCCCAUUGUUUCCCAGAAAACCAAUGAAUGGUGAAGCUUCAUCAUCUAGUCAGCCAUUAAUACAACAUCAGCAGCAGCAGCAACAAAUGGUUCCAAUGCAAGACAGUUACAUGCAAAGGCGUGCAGAAGCCCUUCAAAAUGUUGAAUCAACCAUUCACGAGCUUAGCAAUAUCUUCACUCAACUAGCGACCAUGGUUUCCCAGCAGGGAGAACUCGCAAUCAGGAUUGACGAGAACAUGGACGACACACUGGCGAAUGUCGAGGGAGCGCAAGGAGCUCUGCUAAAAUACCUCAACAGCAUAUCGUCCAACCGAUGGCUGAUGAUCAAGAUAUUCUUUGUACUGAUGGUGUUCCUUAUGAUAUUCCUAUUUUUCGUCGCAUAAUUCAAUCAGAAAACCAUGUUUUUUUGAUGAUCCUGUUUAUUGUGAUUCCUUUCCUGGAUAUAUAAAUAUAUGCAGCUUCUAUAUCUUCUUCCAUGUAUUCUAAUCUAAUAUUUGGACUUAUAAACUCUCCUUCUUUUGUGGAUCAAUGUAUCUUCAAUUGAGUCACAGCACAUAAGUACAGUAAAGUGAAAUCAUAGAGAGUAAAUUCAAUUCUAA